UGACAAAGACAAAAAUAAAAUUGCCUUUUAUUUUAGAUAAUAAUUAAACAAUUGUUUUAAUAUCACAUUUGUUAUAUCAAAUACUUGGAAAAUGUAGAUUGUUGAAAAAUUAAAUUCAAAUUUAGCGCCAUUCGUAUGAAGUGAAAUAAUAGCAUUCAGGUCACGUGACCUAUCAGAUAGAAAUAAAACAAAAUGACCACAUGUAUGUGCGCGCGUAAUUGUCUUUUAAUUUGUAUUAUAAUUAUUUGUGAUACGAUAUGUUAAUUAUUCAUAAUUUUUACAUUUAAGUAAAAUAUAUUCUUUUUCAUAGUUUUAUUGGAUGUUAGUUUUACAUUUAUGAUUAUUGACAUAUUAUUGUUGUUUAACUCACAAAAUUUAUGCGACGUGAUAAAAGGUGCAUCAAAUUUUGAGGCUAGAAUUGGAGGUUAUAUUCAUUGAUGAGUGUACUUAAUCGAGAAAGAAAUAUGCCUACUUGGAAUCAGAUUCAAGCUCAGCUACGCAAUCCAAAUAAUCCAGUUGUAUUUUUUGAUGUAUCAGUGGGUACAAAUGAAAUUGGUCGUAUGAUAUUCGAGCUUUUCGAAGAUGUAUGUCCAAAGACUUCAGAAAACUUUCGACAAUUUUGUACAGGAGAGUAUAGAAAGGAUGGUGUACCAUUAGGAUUCAAAGGUGCUAUAUUUCAUAGGGUGAUCAAAGACUUUAUGAUACAAGGAGGAGAUUUUGUAAAUGGUGAUGGUACAGGAGUAAUCAGCAUCUAUGGUGGAGGAACUUUUCCUGAUGAAAACUUUACCUUGAAACACGACUCACCUGGAUUACUUUCGAUGGCGAAUAGUGGAAAGGAUACCAAUGGUUGUCAAUUUUUUAUUACAUGUGCUAAGUGUAAUUUUCUAGAUGGGAAGCAUGUAGUUUUUGGAAGAGUAAUUGAUGGUUUAUUGGUCAUGAGAAAAGUAGAAAAUGUUCCUACAGGACCAAAUAACAAACCGAAGAUACCUGUAACAAUAUCGCAGUGUGGUCAAAUGUAGAGUAAGCUUUUUCUAUUAUUUAUAAGGAAUAUUAUAUCUAUAAUAGAUUUAAUAUUAACGAUUAAAAAAGAAGUAAAU